AGUUCGUUUCCGUUUUUUGACAGCCUGUAAGCUUCACCAUCUCACCUCUAAUUCUGAAAAGUUGUAGAGGCUGAGUCUCCUAGCCCCUCCGCCGGUCCGGCCCGCUUCCUCUCCGCUCCGCCGCCGAGGACAGACAGACUCACAGCGGACACUCCGUGCGAGUACACCCGGGAAGUUUAUCUUCUUCUGGGCAACAGAGAGGACGUCCCACUACUGCCAGCCCCUCCUCCAAGGCGUUUUCUCAGUCUAUGAGGACUUCCAUCUCUGGCUGCAGGUUCUGCUGACUCUCAGAUCCACCUGCAGCCAUGGUCCGACAAAGUGCUGAGCUGUUCCUCUGCUAGGCGACGGGGCAUCCGAGAGGGCGGGAGACAUGUUGGAACAGAGGCCCGGGGACCACUGCACUGAUAUCUGUUACUAUAGCAACUACUGUAGUAACCAUGGAAAUGCUAUGGAGGACUGCUCUGGUUACUGUCGUGGUUGCCAUCCAGGUUGCAGGAGGUCACAGAGAUGAGUUUGUUAAGUCACAAGCUGCUUUCCUGUCCAGCCUGGGCCAGUAUGAGAUCGCCAUCCCGGUACGUGUAGGGCCCAACGGUGAGAUGCUGGACACGGAAAAGUCUCACCACCACCAAAGAAGAAAACGAAGCACUGAAGACCGGCUGCCUGGCUCUCUUUUCUAUCAGCUAUCCACGUCUCAAAACAACUUCCUGCUGAACCUGACACUGCAGGGAGGCCUGUUGUCCCAUCAGUUCAGGGUGGAGUACUGGAAGAAGGGCCGACUAGCCUGGAGCCACCCAUACUCCCCCCACUGUCACUACACAGGACACCUCCAGGACCAGCCGCAAUCCAGCAAGGUGGCUCUUAGCAACUGUAACGGCCUGCAGGGGGUGAUUGUUGCAGGGGGGGAGGAGUACCUGAUUGAACCCCUUGUCUCACCAGAUAACCAAACCAGGACAGAGAGGGAGGAGAGAACAGAGGGGCGCCCCCAUGUGGUUUACAAACGUUCAUCACUCCGUCAUCAGUACAAGGGCCGCUCCUGUGGGGUCAUCGAUGAGAAGCCGUUCAAAGGUGCGUCGUGGUGGCAGCGGACUCUGAAGACGCCCCCUCAUCACGUCGGCCGCGGCCAGCUGCCUCUGAAGCGCUCAGUCAGCCAGGAGCGCUACGUGGAGACGCUGGUGGUUGCUGACAAGAUGAUGGUGGGUUACCAUGGUCGCAGGGACAUUGAGCAGUACAUCCUGGCCGUCAUGAAUAUUGUUGCCAAACUGUUCCAGGAUUCUAGUCUGGGGAAUGCAGUCAACAUUGUGGUGACGCGGCUCAUCGUGCUCAUGGAAGACCAGCCAACACUGGAGAUCAACCAUCAUGCUGGGAAGUCUUUAGACAGCUUCUGUAAAUGGCAGAAAACCAUCCAGCACCGCAGCAGCUACGGGAACGCCAUACCAGACAACGGCAUCGCUCACCAUGACACCGCUGUGCUUAUCACUAGGUACGACAUCUGCAUCCAAAAGAACAAGCCCUGUGAAACUCUAGGUCUGGCUCCAGUUGGAGGGAUGUGUGAACCAGAGAGGAGCUGCAGCAUCAAUGAGGACAUCGGCCUGGGAACAGCCUUCACCAUCGCCCACGAGAUUGGACACACAUUUGGGAUGAACCAUGAUGGCAUGGGCAACGCUUGUGGACCACGCAGCCAGGAGACGGCCAAGCUGAUGGCUGACCACAUCACCAUGAAGACAAACCCGUUCAUCUGGUCCGCCUGCAGCCGGGAUUACAUCACCAGCUUCCUGGAUUCAGGUAUGGGCUCCUGUCUGAACAAUGUGCCUCCAAAGCAGGAGUUUGUGUAUCCCACCACGGCGCCGGGUCAAACCUACGAUGCCGACGAGCAGUGUCGCUUCCAAUGCGGCAUCAGAUCUCGACAGUGUAAAUAUGCGGAAGUCUGCAGUGAACUUUGGUGCAUGAGUAAGAGCAACCGCUGCAUCACCACCAGCAUUCCUGCUGCAGAGGGAACCAUCUGUCAGACCAACACCAUAGAGAAGGGGUGGUGUUUUAAGAAAGUGUGUGUGGCUUACGGGACUCGUCCGGAGGGUGUGGAUGGAGGGUGGGGUCUGUGGUCACCGUGGGGGGAGUGCAGCCGGACCUGUGGGGGUGGAGUCUCCUCCUCUGUCCGACACUGUGACAGCCCAAGACCAACCAUCGGUGGAAAGUAUUGUCUGGGGGAAAGAAAGCGCUUCAGAUCCUGUAACAUUGACGAGUGUCCUGCAGGCUCCAGGGACUUCAGAGAGAUCCAGUGCUCGGACUUUGACAACAUUCCUUUCCGGGGAAAGUUUUACUCCUGGAAACCUUACAGAGGAGGUGGCGUGAAGCCCUGCUCUCUCAACUGCCUUGCAGAAGGAUACAACUUCUACACGGAGCGCGCUCCCGCCGUGGUGGACGGCACGCCGUGUCGAGACGACUCCCUGGAUGUGUGUGUGAAUGGAGAGUGUAAACACGUAGGUUGUGAUCGCGUGCUCGGCUCGGACGUGCGUGAGGACCGCUGCCGGACCUGUGGGGGCGAUGGGAGCAGCUGUGUCUACGUGGAGGGAGUCUUCAACGACUCGCUGCCUGAUGGAGGCUAUGAGGAGGUGGUCCGAAUUCCUAAAGGAUCCGUGUUCAUCCACAUACAAGAGCUCAACAUCUCCCUCAACUACCUUGUGCUAAAGAGUAAAAGUGACCAGUAUUUUAUCAACGGGAAACUCACUAUCGACACUCCUCGAAGUUUCAACAUCGCUGGUACCACCUUCCACUACAGGCGGCCCACCGAUGGACCAGAAAUUCUUGAAGCUCUGGGUCCAACAAACAUAUCCCUCAUUGUCAUGGUGCUGGUGAGGGAGGAAAACCCGGGGAUCCACUUUCGUUUCAAUCCACCAAUCAGCAGAGAUUCUUUGAGCGGAUUCGCCUGGCACUACACAUCUUGGUCUCGCUGCUCAGCCCUGUGUGCUGGAGGUGUGCAGAUCCAGCAGGUGGUUUGUAAGAGUCAGAUGGAUCUUACAGUCGUCUACAACCACUUCUGUGACAAGAAGAGCAAACUCAAAGAGAAGAGAAGAACCUGCAACACUGAGCCCUGCUCCCCAGCCUGGUGGACCGGAGUGUGGUCGGAGUGCAGUCGCACCUGCAACGGCGGUCUGCGGACUCGGGAGGUGUUGUGUAAACGGAGGAUUUCUGCAUCGGAGGAGAAGGUCCUGGAUGACUUGGCCUGCACCGCCUCCCGCCCUCCGUUCACCGAACCAUGCAGCAACCAGAGCUGCCCCCCCGAAUGGCUGGCUUUGGACUGGUCAGAGUGUACGCCCAGCUGUGGCCCUGGCUACAGGCACCGUGUGGUGGUGUGUAAGAACGGAGAGAGCGGGGACACUUUGCCAGAGUCCAAGUGCCCCAAACAUGGCCGGCCCACCUCCAGGGUGCGCUGCAACCUACAGCGCUGCCCUCCCCCUCGGUGGGUAGCAGGUCCCUGGGGUGAGUGUUCGGCCAAGUGCGGUCUGGGUCAGGAGAUGCGUUCGGUGCAGUGUCACGCCCACACAGGCCAGCCGUCUAGCGAGUGUCUGGAGCACCAGCGGCCUGCAGCCAUGCAGCAGUGCAAGAGCAAAUGUGACCUCAGUCUGCCCAUCAGUGCAAACAACCCUGAAGGUCAGAGGUCAAAUGUCCAUCCUGAGUGUAAAGAUGUGAACACUGUGGCCUACUGCCCCCUGGUGCUCAGGUUUAAGUUCUGCAACCGGCCAUAUUUUAGACAAAUGUGCUGCAAGACCUGCCAGGGACACUGAUACCAGGAACCUCACUGCAUCCACCUCUGGGUCACACAGCAAGCCUGAAACUUUCCCACUGAGCCUUGCAGCAGCAGCAGCAGCUCUCACCGUGACUCUAUUAGACGGGACGAUGCCAUCCAGGCGAUUCUGCAACUGGCUGCAGAUAUUCUGAUUUGACAUCUCCACAUCAAAGCAGCCUGAUUGGAGUUUAAACGUUCACCUGGAGGAGGAGUUGCUGGAACGUGGAGGCAGACAGACAGAGGGAGUAACUUUCCUCCAUCAUCCGGCAUAUCGAACACCCUCUCUAAACAUUCCCUCGGUUUUAAUAAUUUGGUGCUACGUUGUUCAGCCAGAACUCAUCACAGCACACCCAAGUUCCACCUGUCGUUACUUCAGUGGCUGAAGACAUGUUCUGUGAUCUUUGUAUGCUAGCAGGUGAUUUUUGUUCUGUUAUGUUUUUAAAAAUCCACUUUUAAAAGGAAAUGUAGUAUCUGCUGCCUUUACCCUCAUAAAGAAUAGGUUCUGUUAUGAAAAUGGAUAUAUAUAAGGUAUGUGAUAGCUGUUACUUGACUUGUUUUUCUUUGCUGCACAUUGACGUGUGUGUGUGUGUGUGUGUGUGUGUGUGUGUGUGUGUGUGUGUGUGUGUGUGUGAGUGUGUGCGUGCGUGUGCAUAUCAUUGAAUUCUGUUAUUUGAUUAGUUUUGUUUUAAAUGAACUGAUUUAACAUCUCUAUGGAAGUUUUUAAAUGCCUCAGUACAGUGAAAAAGCCACAGUCUUGCCACUUUUGGGUAGUUUAUUUACAGCUUAGGUGUGUUCUUGCUGUGUCUUUGUAAAUCCAUGCUUUCGUUCUUU